CAAUGCGCAAUUAUAUGAUGAUAAUCCAAAGUGACAAUUUAUAGAGGUGAAGACAUGUAUCUUUCUAGCUACUUAUAGCUUUUGCUUUGGAAAUGCCAAAACAGAUGAUACGUUGUGAGACUGGUCCAUUUCUUUCACUCUCAAAUUUCUCCCGUGUCGGCCUCAACUUUUGGCCCGAUAACGCUCCAGUGGGAGUGCAAAACAGUCUAUUCGUCUGGAACCAGCAACGUUCUGGCUUUAUCAGGAUACGUACCGUUGAUAUCUAUUAUGCUAUUUACUAAUUAUGCCUCGACAUGAAAAGGAAAAAGCAGCCACACCUCCUCUGCCCUCCAGCUUGUUCUAUUGACAAUGCGCGCCCAGGUCCCAGCCGCUCGGCUUCUGUGGCCAUUGCGCUCUCCAACUGCAUCAACACAUAUACGAUUGCCAACAGCAAUACCCACAUCGCCAGCUAUAUACAGACACCCGUUACGAUGCCAAACCCUCCUUCCAUUGGCCCAGUACGCCAUCACCUUGAACAUCCCAAACCAACGAUACCGCGACUCCCUACACAACUUUACAACCACCGCCACCCAAGCCUCCUCUAACAGCCAACCCCACGGAACCCCCUCCCAACCGCAGAUUGUCCGGAAUAACAGCAGCCACAGCGUCAACAGCCGCCGCCGCCAAACUCGUGAUACCGAUGCCACUGAUGAAGCAGCAGGGGCCGACGGGGACGAGGCCAGCGAAUCUGCGCUCAGUGCGCUGAAUGUGCUUGCGGACGUGGCCGCCCCGUCCACGGCUAUUGAUUCUUGUUUUCCUGAUGGGUUCCAGCUGGGUAAUGGCAUGAGGAUUACGGAUGGUGAUGGGUGUUUGUUGGUUGAUGGGGAAGUUUUUCGAUGGAGGCCCUGGGAGGCGGGGAAAAAUGAUGGUGAUAGUGGGGGAGGGAGAAAGGAUGGGAUGCGAGCGAUGAUUAACGAAAAGGGCCAGUGGGAGGUUAGUGAGGAGGUUUGGGGGGUGUUGAGGCUGGUAUGGCCGAAACCCGAUCUUCUCAUACUCGGUCUCGGCGCCUCUGUUUAUCCAAUCUCUCCGGAGACACGGAGACAGAUCAAUCUUCUUGGUAUCCGAAUUGAGGUGCAGGAUACCAGGAAUGCGGCAGCCCAGUUUAAUCUCCUAGCUACGGAGAGGGGGGUGCAGGAGGUUGCUGCUGCCCUGAUCCCUCUUGGCUGGAAGGCACGGUAGUUAUAUAGGACGGGGAGCAUAGGUUGCUGGCUGUAAAAAAUUACCUUAUAUUACGAAUUACCAUUAUUGAC